AUGAAAGACUAUUAUAUAAAUUUAAAGCGUGAAAAAGCAGCCCAACUCAUUCAAGCUGUUUUCAGAGGUUAUAUGAUCCGAAAGCAUUUUUUUGCAGUAAAAAUCCGAUAUGAAAGAAUCGUUAAAAGCAUUGAUGGAGACUUGGGCAAAGUUGAAUGGAAAAGCCAUUAUCUCUGCUAUCCAUCUGUCACAGAUUUCAAAAUACAAUUUCUUGUCAAGAAUAUUGAAGAAAAACAAUUAAAACUUAAGCAAGAGCUUGAAACAGUUAGGAAUUCUAUGAAAGAUCGAAAAGAUUAUCUUGCGAAGUUAUAUAGAAAAUCAAGCUAUUAA